AUGGGUUAUACAUUAACUAUCCUGGGUUGCGGUGUGAUGGGCCAAGCUGUCCUUUCAGCUAUUUACAACGCCCCUGUCCCAGCCACUACAGAAGUUGCUCAAUUAUAUCCAAGUAAGAUCAUUGCAUGUAACCAAGAUGCUGCUAGUGCUAAGCAAGUAACUGAGCUCAUUGAGUCAAUGGAAAACAAGUCUCCAAAUGGUAUUGUUGUAGAUUCUACAUUUGGCAAUAAUGUCGAGGCUGUCAAGCAAUCAGAUGUUGUUAUUCUCGGUGUCAAGCCAUACAUUGCUGAAAUGGUAUUAAACGAAGUAGGGCCAGCAAUCCACAGCAAGUUAUUGAUCUCAAUUGCUGCCGGUUGGACGAUUGAACAACUGCAAGCAUACACCCCGACGGUUUCCAGAGUGAUGACGAACACUCCAGCCAAAUUUGGAUACGGUUGUGCAGUUAUCUCCCAUUCAUCGGCAUGCAACGAAGAACAGAAGCAAACGGUCUCAGAGCUUAUCAGCCACGUGGGCAAAUGUAUCGAACUACCAGAAAAGAACAUGGAUGCCGCCACUGCUUUGGUCGGUUCUGGACCAGCCUUCGUACUGCUUAUGUUAGAAGGUAUGAUGGAAAGCGGUAUCAAGUUGGGAAUCCCAUUGAAAGAGAGUCUCGAAGCCUCUUUGAAAGUCUUAGAAGGUACCGCAAAGAUGGUAGAGGAGACCGGUAUGCAUCCAGGUGCCCUAAAACAUCAAGUCUGCACACCUGGUGGUACUACAAUCGCCGGUCUCUGCGUUAUGGAAGAUAACGGCGUCAAGAGUGGUAUUAUCAAAGGUAUCGAAGAAGCCGCAAACGUUGCUGCCAAACUGGGCAAGAAGAAGUAA